AUGGACGGGCAGAUGAACCCCCCGCAGCACGGCGGCGCACGGCACUCGCCCUCGCUGCAGCAGGGCCCCGCAAAGCCGGCAGGGAACCUCUCGGAGGGGCUAGACAUGUUUGACCUUCAGCUGCAAAACGACUGCGCCAACGUCCCGGGCUCGUUUACGGGCGGCCUCGGCGGGAGCGCCGCCGCGGUGGGUCUCUCCUCCUCGCCCCCCGUGGCGCUGUCCGCGGCGAUGUUCUCUUCGAUUGCCACCGCCACGCACGGCCUGGCCUCCGCAAUGAGUAACCCGCAGACCGCGCGUCGCAUGGUGCAGGAGGUGGCGCAGGUCAUCCUUCGCUUCGUCUCUACCCCCGACGAGCCACAGCCGGAGAACCUGACGGAGGAGUACGGGCGGCACUUGAUUCUGCAGUUUGUGGACGAGCUUCAGCGCUCGACGGCGGCCGUGACGACGGGAAUGACAAGCGGCGGCGAUGGGCGCCUGACGAUUGACAAGGAGGUUGUGCUGUCCUUGAAAAAUGGUAGGGAUGAUUUGCCGCCGCCGGGGGCGGAGGUGGCGCGCCCGCACCAUCCCUACGCCGGCUACUGCGGCACGCUGAACGCCGCGAGCCCGCGGACGACGACGCAGCCGCUCUGGCGCGGCACCCCGCCAAACUUUUCGAGCGCCGUCCACGGCGGCAACAGUACCAGCGGCAGCACAACCGCCAACAACAACAACAGUAACAGCAAUCCUCGUAGUAGCCACGGUGCCAUGGAGAGCUUCAGCCCUGCUGGCGUGGGGGCGGCGGUGCAUCAGCAGGCAAAUCUGACCACGACGACGCUGAGCAAACGCGUGGGUGGCGGAGACGUGUUUCGUCCCCGGCCGCAGCACCCAAGGAGCGGAAACCGCACGCUGAUGUUACACCGCCGCGUCAUGACAAGCGCGAAGAAGGUGCUUCGCUCGGCUAGCUCCGCCUUCUCAGAGUGCUCCGCGGGGGAGACGGGUGAGGUAAGCAGCUCCAUGUCACGCACCACGGUUGGAACAAGCGCGCUGGCAAAGUAG